GGCCGGACCCAUGCUAACGCCUACGGAACACAGCGCCAUCACGUACACCGGCGAAUACAACGCCAGCGGCCCCGGCUACCUCGCCGUCUACGGGUGGACCCGCAACCCGCUGAUUGAAUACUACAUCAUCGAGGCCCAUGCCGACCUCGCCCCCAACGAGCCGUGGACAUCCAAGGGUAAUUUCAGCUUCGAGGAGGGCGAGUACGAGGUCUUCACCAGCACCCGCGUCAACAAGCCGUCCAUCGAGGGCACCAGGACUUUUCAGCAGUACUGGUCGCUGCGCAAGGAGCAGCGGGUCGGCGGCACCGUCACCACCCAGAGGCACUUUGAAGAGUGGGCCAAGCUGGGCAUGAAGCUGGGCAAUCAUGACUAUGUCAUCCUGGCGACCGAAGGAUACACUGCCAACGGAGGAUCCGGUAGCAGCGGGCACUCGAGCAUUACUCUGCAGUAGGCGCUGAUAUUUAUAAUAGGUUGCUUGCUGCUGGGGUGGGUGAGACAAGAGUUGCAUGUCAAACACGUUAGCAAAAUGGAAUCAUUCAAUCUCUCUACAAAACCUGAAAAUGUUC